UAAUUAAUUAUUAGAUCAAAAUAUCUCAUUUUGCCUUGAAAAGAAGUUAAAAAUCGAGUCUUUUAACUUUUAAUGAGAGAUCAUGUUAAAUGAACCCAAGCUCACCUCAAAUUUGACGUAUUAUCAGAUAUUCAGAUCUCAAAUCUCAUGAAUUCCAAAAAAAUACAAAAUUGGUCGAAUUGAAUUUUGCUGGCUGAUGAAGUAAACUAACAACUGGUUUUUCCUGCUCCAAUCAUAACCACAGCAAACUCAUCUCUCUCUCUCUCUCACUAGUCUCCCGACAUUCUUCUGUUUUUUUUUUCCUCUUCAUUUCUUCUCGUUUAAAUGUUGGUUGAUUUACCUCGAUUGAUCAAGAAAUCUUGAUAAUUAAUUCACUAGUGUUGGGGGAAAAUGGAGGGCAGUUUACCAGUUACAAAUGGGAAAGCAGAGAGGCGAUCGAAAUCGAAGACGGCUCACAGCACCUCCAAAUCUUCUCUUCUGAUGGGUUUUCUCUCUUGCCUUGCGUGGCUCUACGUCGCCGGCCGAUUGUGGCAAGAUGCACAGAACCGGACUUUGCUUGCUGGUUUAUUGAAGAAGAAUUCUGGUCAGCGGCCUAAGGUGCUUACCAUGGAAGACAAACUGACGGUCCUUGGAUGCAAGGGGUUGGAGAGGAGGAUAGCCGAUGCUGAGAUGGAAUUGACAUUAGCAAAGAGCCAAGGAUAUCUAAAGAACCAGCUGCAGCAAAGUGGAGCUUCUUCUGGUAAAAAGUUACUUGCUGUUAUUGGAGUUUAUACUGGUUUUGGUGGCCGGUUGCGACGCAACAUCAUCAGGGGGUCUUGGAUGUCACGGGCUGAUUCUCUAAAGAAUCUGGAAGAAAGAGGAAUCGUUGCGCGAUUUGUGAUUGGAAGGAGCCCAAACCGCGGUGAUAGCUUGGACCGCAGUAUUGCAGAGGAAAAUCGUGUAAAGGAAGACUUUCUGAUACUUGAUCAUCACGAGGAGGCCCAGGAAGAAAUGCCCAAGAAAGUGAAAUUCUUCUUCAGUGCAGCAGUCCAGAUGUGGGAUGCAGACUUUUACAUAAAAGUUGACGACAACGUUGAUCUCAAUUUCGAUGGUCUUAAUGAACUUCUCCGAAGCCAUCGUGAUAAAGAAAGUGCUUAUAUUGGUUGCAUGAAGUCUGGAGACGUCGUAGUGGAAGAGGGGAAGACGUGGUACGAACCCGAAUGGUGGAAAUUUGGUGAUCAGAAAUCAUACUUCCGCCACGCAGCUGGUUCUAUCUUCGUGCUCUCGAAAAAUUUGGCGCAGUACGUGCAUAUUAACAGUGCAUCCUUGAAGGCCUAUGCUCACGACGAUGUUUCAGUGGGGUCGUGGAUGAUGGGUGUUAACACGACGUACAUAGAUGACACCCGCCUGUGCUGUAGCUACUCGGGGCAAGACAAGUUCUGCUCCUUGGGUUGAGAAUGGUUUAGGGCGCCGCGGCGGCGGCGGCGUUUUUUGUUCUGAACUGGAGGAGUUGCAGAGCGGCAUUAGUUAGCUAGAUCACUCAAUUCUUUUUCUUCUCUUUCUUUUUUUUACUGAUAAAUUGGCAUUACUUAUUAUAGAGGAAUGCUUUUUUCUUCUUGUAAUUGCUACUUCACAUCUUAUUUUAGCAUUCUGCUUAGUUCUUCAA